AUGAUCACCUUGAUGUUGUCCCUUUCCUUCUAUCAACUUACGCUUCUGGUUUCAACAACAACGCUCCAUCAAUCGGUACGAGUACAGGGGAAACUAGUCUGUAAUGGGACCGGAUACUCGGAUGCAAAGGUGAUACUCUUCCAAGGCUUGCUCGUACCAUUGAAAUUAGCUGAAGCGAAGCCAACAAAAACUGGAGACUUCACAGUUGUAUGGUCUGGCGCUAAACUCGGAAAAAUUUCGCCUACUGUCAAUAUUUAUCAUAAAUGUCUUUAUCAUCAGCCAUUAAAAUUCUGCAGCAGAAUGCUCAGCAUACAGGUCCCAAGCGACUACGUCAUCACUGAUUCCGAUCGUAUUAACGCCACUUUUAAUAUCGGCAUUACAAAUCUAAAUAUUAAGUACUCUUUUGAGAUUAUCGAUUGUAUUUUCGGGUCAUUCUCAUAG